UACAUAGAUUUCCAAAAGACAGAGGCAAAAAAAAAAAAACGAACUUUUGUGUUUGCCUUUUCAUCCUAAGCAUAAACUAUGGCUUCUCUUCUGACCAAUGGAAUCUCACCCUUCUGUCCUCAACCCAUCACUGAUCAAACUAAACUUCCUAAAGGCUCUAACUUUUUGCCUAAUUCAUCUACCCCCAGAACCUUAAAUUCAGGUAAUUUCAAGAUUAGAGCUGCUGACGUAAGCUAUGACGGCAAGGCUACUAUUGAAGCUCCAGGUAAAGAAUCAUCUUUUUCAACCUCAAAUGAAGAUGACCCUCUUCAGAAAUUCUUGAAAAGAGAUUAUAAAUGGGGUUUCAAUGAAAAAAUUGAAUCUUUUUCACUGCCAAAAGGGCUUUCUGAGGAAACUAUAAGGUUGAUUUCAUCAAGAAAGGAUGAGCCUGAUUGGAUGCUUGAGUAUAGAUUGAAAUCUUAUGAGAAAUUUGUUAAGAUGAAAGAGCCUAAAUGGUCUGAUAACAAGUACCCUGAAAUUGAUUUUCAAAAUAUGGUUUAUUAUUCAGAACCUAAAAAGAAACCAACUUUGAAUAGUCUUGAUGAAGCUGACCCUGAACUUGUUAGGUAUUUUGAUAAAUUGGGUAUUCCUUUGAAUGAAAAGAAUCGUUUAGCGAAUGUUGCAGUUGAUGCUGUUCUUGAUAGUGUUUCUAUUGCUACAACUCAUAGGAAGACUUUAGAGAAGUCUGGUGUGAUAUUUUGUUCUAUUUCUGAGGCUAUUAGGGAGUAUCCAGAUUUAGUGAAGAAGUAUUUGUCUAGAGUUGUGCCCCCUGAAGACAAUUUUUACGCGGCGCUUAAUUCAGCUGUUUUUAGUGAUGGAUCAUUUGUGUAUAUACCUAAGAACACCAAGUGUCCUAUGCAAAUAUCUACUUAUUUUAGAAUAAAUGCAAUGGAAACUGGACAAUUCGAGAGGACUUUGAUCGUUGCGGAUGAAGGGAGUUUUGUGGAGUAUUUAGAAGGGUGUACAGCACCUUCGUAUGAUACGAAUCAGGUACAUGCUGCUGUGGUGGAAUUGUAUUGCCAUGAAGGUGCAGAGAUUAAGUACUCCACCGUGCAGAAUUGGUAUGCGGGAGAUGAGGAAGGUAAAGGAGGGAUUUAUAAUUUCGUUACGAAGAGGGGGCUUUGUGCUGGGGCUCGUUCGAAGAUAUCAUGGACACAAGUGGAGACGGGCUCAGCUAUUACCUGGAAAUAUCCAAGUGUUGUGUUGGAGGGUGAUGAAUCAGUUGGUGAGUUCUAUUCUGUGGCAUUGACUAAUAAUUAUCAACAGGCAGAUACAGGAACGAAGAUGAUACACAAAGGGAAGAAUACGAGGAGUAGGAUUAUUUCCAAGGGUAUUUCUGCAGGAAACUCUAGAAACUGUUACAGAGGAUUAGUUCAGGUCUUAUCAAAUGCAGAGAAUGCUCGGAAUUCCUCCCAGUGUGAUUCAAUGCUCAUCGGUGAUAAUGCUGCGGCCAACACUUAUCCAUACAUUCAGGCCAAGAACCCCUCUGCCCGCGUAGAACAUGAAGCCACAACGUCAAAAAUCGGUGAAGAUCAGUUGUUUUACUUCCAGCAGAGAGGAAUUGACUAUGAGAAAGCAAUGGCUGCAAUGAUCUCUGGGUUUUGCAGAGAUGUUUUCAAUGAACUUCCUGAUGAAUUUGGUGCUGAGGUGAACCAAUUAAUGAGCUUGAAGCUUGAAGGAUCUGUAGGUUAAGCACACCUUUCAUUUUGGUUAGCAAGGUUGAUUGCUGGCGUGAAAAUUUUGGACUUUGUAGCCAUCGGUUUUUGUUAUCUGUAAAGUUGUAAUAGUAUCAUACACAAACUUUUGCUAUUUACACUUAUGUAAAUAAAUAAUGUGUCGAGGUGUUAUCUUUU